UUUGUAAUAAUAAGUUAGAACCCCUAAAGGCCUGUUUCCUCUGUCGCUGUGUGAGUCGGGUGGAAAAAGAGCUCCCAGAAAUUCCGUAAAUGGCAGAUUUCACGACGUCAACUCACAGGGCCAACUGGAUUUUUACUCCACAAGUCCUUAAGGAAAAAUACAAAGCUUCGAAUCAGAGAGCAAAACAAGCACUGGAGAAGUAUGGGUCAACAAAGGUUGAAGUGAACCUUGACGGGUCCAUAUCUUAUGCGGAAACAGAUUCAAAAGGCAAUGGUGAAAAUCAAUCUCGAACAAAACCACUCAAAGUCGAAGAAGAACAACUUUUGAGGGCAUUUUAUGAGUUCAAGAUUCAAGAUGUCUGUGAUGCCUUUAAAUUUCCACGUAAAAUUCAGGCGACGGCUCUUAUUUACUUCAAAAGGUUUUAUUUGCAAUGGUCUGUUAUGGAACAUCAUCCAAAGCACAUCAUGUUGACAUGCAUAUAUGGGGCCUGCAAGGCAGAAGAAAAUCAUGUCUCAGCUGAGGAGCUUGGAAAAGGUAUUGAACAAGAUCAUCACGUGAUUCUCAACAAUGAGAUGCUAGUUCUUCAGAGUCUUGGAUUUGAUCUUAUCGUUUAUGCGCCAUACCGUGCACUUGAGGGUUUUAUCAAUGACAUCGAGGAGUAUUAUGAAGCUAGAGACGACCAAAUUGAGAUGCUGCAGAGGUUGCAUGAGUCGGCCAAGGCUGAAGUGGAUAAAAUCAUGCGGACAGAUGCACCUCUUUUAUUCCCUCCUGGACAGUUGGCACUAGCAGCCUUACGCAGGUCUAAUGAGGCACAUGGAUUCUUCGAGUUUGACAGAUAUUUGAGAAGCAUUUUGUCUCGCCAGAGUUCUGUCCCCAGUGAUUCAGAUAUUAAUGUUGUGCUGGACUCUGUUGAUACUUUGAUAAGUAAGCUCGAGAUGCCAACUACGAAAGACGUGAAGCACAUAGACCGAAAACUGAAAUCAUGUUUAGAUCCUGGAUCAUCACAUGACAAGUAAUCUCAACAUCUUUGCAAUUAUACUCUUUGUUAAAGUUGCAAUGUUUCUGAGACUUUCUUCAUGUAAUCUGAAUGCCCUUGUGCACAACUCAUUGUCUUACACGCAGGAGUAAGAAACGUAAACACAGAUCGAAGGAAGGCUCCACUGACAUUGACAUGUCUUAAGCUGUAAAAUAACAUGGGAACUGGACUGUGUGGGCGAAGUGUGAGGGGGCUCACUUAGCUUCAAAUGGAAAAUCGAAGGUGAAGAAGAAGACGGAGAAGAAAGGAACGGGAAAAUCUGUCCUUGAAAUUUGAAUUGUUAGAGCAACGUUUUAUUGGGGGAUUAGAUUAUGAGGACUGAGGGAAGAACAGAUAGUGUGUUAGGAUACAGUGUGUAAUAUUCUGAGCUUCUUAAAUUCUUGAAUAUUAUGAAAUUUUGGGGUGAAAUGGCAUAUUUAUUGAAAAUGAUUUUCUGGGGAAAAACUCGUCAAUGCAGUAUGACUUUUCCGCCAAGUUUAGCAGUAGAAGCGUAGAACAGUGACUCUGUUCAUUUUUUUUGUGUAGUUUUUUUUUCCGCAAUUUUUUAUUAAUAAAUAUCCCAUCUUAACAUA